AAUCGAUGUAUGCAAGAGACCUAAAAACGGGUGUAUAUACCUAUCACUAAAUACAUAUACAAAACAUACAUACAUACCAUAGACUGUUCAUUUUUAAAAGGUCAGGCAUAUACAUUGAAGUUGUAUAGGACUUUCCGUCGAUAUAUUUUUUUCCGUCAAACUUUCCAGUUGAUAGCAUAAAAAUUACAAAAUGAGGCGAAGAGGUCCCGGAAUCGCUGGUAUCCAGCGUGCGAAGCGUCAGGAGACCGUCAUCAAGCAGGUAGGGGCAGAGAUGGAGGAAGUGGAAGUUGCUUCCAUGACAAAGCAGAUGGAGGUCUUCAAGAGCCAACUAGAAAUUUUCGCGACUAAACACAAGAAAGAUAUCCGGAAAAAUCCUCAAUUCCGUGCUCAAUUCCAGCAAAUGUGUGUUCAGGUUGGAGUCGAUCCGCUGAAUUCGAAGAAAGGUUUCUGGUCGGAGCUGCUCGGUGUGGGCGAUUUCUAUUUCGAAUUAGGCGUGCAGAUUGUAGAGGUGUGCCUCGCUUCCCAAAAAAGAAACGGUGGUUUGAUGGAGAUGGAUGAUGUGAUGAAAUCGCUGAAGAAGGUCCGACCCAGGAACGCCCCCGAAGUAUCGCAAGACGAUUGUGAAAGAGCAGUCAAGACGUUGAAAAAUUUAGGAAAGGGUUUCGAUUUCCUGAAGGUAGGAAAUGAUUCGCUGAUUCAAUCAAUCCCGGCUGAGCUCAACAAAGACCAUCAAGCUGUUUUCAAAUUGGCAAUGGAGUCUGGGUUUGUCACGCUAUCGCAAAUGAUCAAGGAACUAAAGUGGACCAAGCUACAAGCUACGAAAUGUCUAGAAUUCUUACUGAAAGAAACGUUAGUAUGGCAAGAUGAUCAAAGUGGGGCGGAGACCACAUACUGGUUCCCGUUCUUGUUGGGUCGCGCGACGUAGAAAAGAUCAGUUUUUCUUUAAUCUUGCAAAAAUGAGCAAUGACGGCAGCUGACUCGGUACUAAAUGCUGCAUUCUAAUAGUCGAAGCACCAUGAAGCGUAUAAACGUCUGCCCCAGCCGAGCACGGAAUGCCUAGCGCAUGCGAAGCACACCUUCAUAUAUGCUCAUACGGUGGAAGGAUACUCAGUUCCGGUUGUCGCGUCUUGAGCGAAGAAAUUUGCCAUUCACUUGCCCUAUUAUAUGGGAGUCAAUUCGAUUGCUGUGCCCACCUGAAAGUCCAUAUGAAUCCACACAAUAUCGUUCAGCACCAAGAAUUCGGUCUUUAAAUGGAAUGAGCAUGUAAUUUAAACGCUACAAAAGGGGGUUGGAAACAGAACUUUGCUGGACGAGUCCAAUCGAACGGCACACAUAAAUCAUGAAGAGGGACUGGAAUAAACCGUGCAAAGCCUAUACUUUCUGACAGGAGAUUUCUUAUCGUCUAUCAUUGAAUUUGAAAUUCAUAAGUAGAUAACUCUGCGCAGCUGCAAUUCGGACUAAAUAGUGAAUAUCGACUCGUCAACAUUCUCAAUGCACCCCACCGCGCAAACUUCGACGCGUCCACGGAUGCUAUUUGUAUAAUCGUCGGCUAGUAGAGGUGAGAAUCAAAGUAAAGCAAAAUUUCGCCCGGUG